CAGAGUGACGUCUCUUUCCCUAAAUCUCACCCCUCCAGGCUGCAUGUAGAUAAAGUGCAUGUGUCUGAGAAGAGGAGACACUGUUACUGCGACUGGAGCAGAUGUUUCCUGACUGCAGAGGCUCGUAGAUUAUAAGAGUUUAGAGAUUAAGACGUUUGGUUUCCUUUUGGAUGUGAAACAAACCGAGUGGCCCAACAGAGUCUGCAGUGUGUCGUCGCCGUCUGGUCAGCAUUCAAAAGUUCCGCCGUCUAGAGAGACAGCAGGUGUGGGAAUGAACAGGUCCAGGUCCAGGAUGACCCGUAGCUCCAGCUCUCAGACCAGGCACAACGACCCCGCAGAGACCCAGGAGGACUCUGGGUCGGGUCUGUAUGGAAAGCAGCGAAGGAAGCAGACAGACUCUGCUUUGGCCCAGGACCUCAGUCAGAUGAGUGUGAGUGGACAGGACGGUUUACCCAUAAGUGAAGGACAGAUGUCUGAAGGUAGCAGUGACCCUGUUCUGGCUGUUCAUUCCUCUGGGUCCACCUCUGGUCAGGACAGUCCAUCUGCGUUAGCUGCUAAGUCCUCAUCCCGGGGUGGUCUGGCCUCUGUGGCCCGGCUGGUGAAGCUCGGCCGCUGUAAGAACGUGGUGGUGGUGGCCGGAGCAGGAAUCAGCACAGCCAGCGGCAUCCCAGACUUCAGGACUCCAGGAACAGGUCUUUACGCCAACCUGGAGAAGUACAACAUCCCUUACCCAGAAGCUAUUUUCAACAUCGACUACUUCUCCAACGACCCGCAGCCCUUCUUCUCCCUGGCCAAGGCUCUGUAUCCCGGACGUCACCGACCAAACUACAUACACUACUUCAUCCGCAUGCUUCAUCACAAAGGCCUGCUGCUCCGAAUGUACACUCAGAACAUCGAUGGACUGGAGAAACUGUGUGGCAUCCCAGAUGAAAAGCUUGUGGAAGCUCACGGUAGUUUUGCCACAGCUUCCUGUCACCUGUGUUAUACUGCAUACCCUGCAGAGGAGGCUAAGCAUGCCAUAAUGAACGAUAACGUCCCCAUAUGCACAUUCUGCGCUGCAACAGUCAAACCUGACGUUGUGUUUUUUGGCGAGGACCUCCCUCAGAAGUAUUUCCUCCACACUAAAGACUUCCGCAAAGCCGACCUGCUGAUCAUUAUGGGCACAUCUUUACAGAUUGAGCCAUUCGCCAGCCUGGUGAACACAGUGCGCUCCACUGUGCCACGGCUCCUCCUGAACCGACACGCUGUGGGUCCCUUUGAGAAGGUCCCCUUGCGAAGAGGAGACCGCGUUGAGCUGGGUGACCUGGAGGAUACAGUGCGGAGGUUUGCCGAAAUGCUCGGCUGGAAUGAUGAGAUUGAGGAGCUGAUGAGGAGUCAGGAAACACUGAGCGUCCCUUCAUUGAUAAGCAGCCCUUCGUCAGUGAGUGGACAGACAGCUUGCCAGAGCAGAGGAGCUCCAGAGCCUGUAGGUGUGAUGGAGACAUCCAGGUCCAGACCAGCAGGUCAAAGAGCAGCCAGCAGCGGCGGCGAGGAGACAGACUCAGAGACGGACAGCAAGAGCUCCGUUUCAUCCAGCCUGAGCAACUGAUGCUGAAUGUUUUACUAACGAUGGCACUGGAAAGGUUUGAGACGAUUACUUCUCUCCUUCGUUAACACGCGUUACUUUUUAUCUGGUUAUUUUCUUCUUGCUGCAAAAUGGUUUUCAUUGUGUGCAGUGGAGUGAAAGUACAUCUUACCCCAGAAGAGUGUAUUAUGUUCAUAUGUAAAUCAAAUUAUCAGUUUAUCAAGCUACCGACGAGCAUAAUUAAAGCACUUAUUAUAGAGGGAGGGUCCAUUCAGAACACUAGUAAAUAAAUAUCAGAGCCCUGUAACAAAUGUUUCUUCAGAUGUUUUAUACGUCCCAUGUCAGUUCACUUGUUAAUGUUUUAUAUCAGCUCAACACUGUAUUUUAACAAUAUUUAAUAAAAGUAUUGUGUAAUGUUU